UUAAAAAAAAAGAUUUGAGUUUCAAACGUUUUUCUUUAAUAGACUUCUGUCCUAACUUCCUGUUGCUGAUGCUAAGUCAAGAAAGAUUUUGCAAAUAUUGUUGCAGAUUUCAUUAUCAGAAUCUUUGCAAAGCCAUAUCAUAUUUUAUGACCGGAGAUAAUGGGGUGGGGAUAUGGUUGUGCGUCGCCAUAGAGUGAGUACAGCAUUUUUGCCAUAAGAAGAUAUAACAUCCCGAGUUGCUAAUCAGUUAGUCUCGGGAUCUUUGAUGGAGCGUUUAAAUUUUGAAAGUGAAAAGUGAAAUUCGGUGCAAAAAGGAAAAAAAUCAAAAAACAUGUGUUGAUUAUAAGAAAUUAAAAAAAAAAUUGAAAAUUUGGAAAAAUAUUUUUAAAAAUAUAUAUAAAUUUGUGAAUAUACAAAAUUUAAUCAUAAUGGGAUCCAUGACAACAGAAACAGCAGCUACCGCCACGGAGAAAGAUAAUUGUAAUAAUAAUCACAACAACAACAACAACAAUUGUAAUAAAAGUUCCAGUGACACAAUGCCUGACCGUCCAGCUGAUUUUGAAACAGCCAUCAAGGCUUGUGGAUUUGGCCGCUUCAACAUUUUAUUGCUCGUCGCAGCCUUGCCUGCGGUCAUGGCAACAGUUUUGGAAACGGCAGUGGUUUCAUAUAUCCUGCCCAGUGCUGAGUGUGAUCUUAGUUUGGAUCUAUUGGACAAAGGCAUUCUAAAUGCCAUUACAUAUUGUGGUAUGAUUACAUCCGCCAUUGGUUGGGGAUAUUUGGCUGACAACAAAGGUCGUCGGAAUUUACUUAUCAUUGGAUUUUUCCUCGACGUAAUCUGUGUCAUAUGCGGAGCUUUGAGUCAGAGUAGGACGCAGCUGAUGAUUGCCAAAUUUUGUGGUGGAUUUGUAAUGUGUGGUCCAUUUGCCGUUUUGAUGACUUAUCUCUCCGAAUUCCAUGGCAACAAUUUCCGUUCGCGUAUAAUGAUGAUAAUUGGAGUUAUGUUUUCAAUGGCAGCCAUAAUGUUACCGGUGUUGGCCAUUGUGGUAUUGCCACUGAAUUGGAAUUUCGAUAUAUUCAAUAUGAAUUUUGUUGCAUGGAAAAUGUAUUUGGCUAUUUGUGGAAUACCCAGUCUGCUGAGUUGCAUUCUCUUUUGUUUCUUUCCCGAAAGUCCACGAUUUCUCAUUACCCAGGGUAGAAAUUCGGAAGCAUUGGAGGCUUUUAAGACAAUGUAUGCGCUUAAUACAGGAAAAUCCAAGGAUACAUAUCCUAUUAAAAAAUUAAUUAAAGAAAUUAAACAAAAGGAAGAUAGUUCGGAUAAAAUUAGUGUUGCAACCAUUGAGGCUAAUAUGAAAGAUAUUUGUAAGGAAGAAAAACAAGAAGCCGACAACAAUAGUGUUAAGGAUGACACACUGAUGGACAAACAGCCCAAUACAUUUAAAGUUUUGUGUUCCAAACAAUAUGUGGGUCUAUGUUUCCGUGUCUGUCUUAUGCAGUUUUUCAUUUUGUUGGGACAAAACACCAUGCGCCUUUGGUUGCCUCAAAUGUUUGCCUCCCUCAACGAAUAUGAACAAAUUUCCAAUGAAAGUACCAGCAUGUGUACCAUCUUGGAAUACAGUGUUAAUAAAACGGAAUUGGUGAAAAAUCCAAGUGAUGAGUGUAUUGUGAUAAUCACACCCUCAUCCUAUACAAAUAACAUUAUUGUGGCCUGCAUUGGUUUUGUGACAUAUUUGGUGGCUGGAUCACUUAUUAAUGCUCUGGGAAAUAAGAGAAUUCAAGUCAUUGGUUUAAUGGCGGCCGGUAGCUGUGGCAUAGCUCUUUACUGGUCCUCAUCGUCGCUGACAACAUUAAUCAUUACAUCGAUGUACUCGGCAUUGGGUAGUAUGUCGGCAACAUCUUCCAUUGGAACGUCAGUUAAUCUAUUUCCAACAUCUUUAAGAACAAUGAUUGUAUCGUUGACCAUGAUGAUUGGUCGCAUGGGUUCGAUAUUGGGUAAUGUUCUGUUUCCCAUUUUCAUGUCAUUCGGUUGUAUUCCACCGUUUGUGAUGGUGGGCGUGGUCAUGUAUCUUGGCUGUUUAUUGGCUGCCUUCCUACCAAGUACAAAUAAAGUAGAACUUAAGUAAAUUAAAGUCGUGUAAAUGUUGUAUUUAUUAAAACAAAUAGGUUAU